AUGAGUCGAAAGAAAUCAAACUCAGUUACCCAAUUGAAUAAUGUGUUGCCUAUACCUAUAGAACUAAACAGUGGAGAAGAUUUGCAAACACAUCAACGCAAUCACCAAAGUCACAUUACCGAUGUACGAGUUGGAGAACAUCACUUAGUACAGGGCAAUACUACAUCAAGUGUAUCUAGUAGUCAACCACAGAAAUACAUUGUAUGGCAAAUUAAAAUCACAAUAAAUGAUUUAGGUUAUUCAUCAAUUGUAAUAUAUAAACGAUAUCGAGAAUUGUUACAAUUGUAUAAUGAUUUGCAACAGUAUUAUAAAGGACAAUCGGAUAUAGUGAUACCUAGGUUUCCGCCAAAGGAUAGUUUUAGUUUUGAACGAUUAGUUAUGAGUAGAAAUUGGUUGGAGGAUAGAAGAAAGGGGUUACAGUGGUUUUUGAGUAGUGUUUUAUUAGAUCCUGUAUUACAAAAGGGUCCUGUUGUUAAACAGUUUGUGUUGGGUAAUUAG